UGUUCUAUCCUUCUUCUUCCCUUCUAUUUAUUAUGCUCUUUCCUCCGCCAUUUUUCAUACACGAUUUAUUAUAAGAGUAACAUAAGAAAACCCCUAGAAUGAAACAUGGUUGGUCUCAGCGUAGUGCUCGAAGUUCAGAAGCCUUGUAUCAAUAAAAAGACACCUCAAGUCAUUAACAAAACCACCAUUCUGUCUACCACCACCACCCACAGAAAACCAGCCCUUCCUCCUUCUCCUUUUCAGUCCCCCACUUUUCUAGAUCAAUGCUUUCUCUGUGGGAAGACACUCUCGCCAGGGAAAGAUAUCUACAUGUACAAAGGGGACAGGGCAUUUUGCAGCGUGGAGUGCAGAUGCAAGCAGAUUUUUUGGGACGAGGAAGAAGCUAUUAAGAAAGAGAAGUGUUCUUUGGCUGCAAUGAGGCCGACGUCGUCUUCGUAUUCAUCUUCUUCGAGUUCACGUCAUCACCGGAAAGAAACAAGAAACCGUGGUGUUGGGUUUUUUUAAGGAAGAAAUGAUGAGAAACGGGAGGAUUGUAAUUUUUUGCACUCGCAUUCCAGUUUUACCCACUAUUUAUUUUGUUAAUGACAGCAGAGGGCUUGUCCUUUUUGCUUCCUAGUAUGAAGCCAAAAUGUCCUUUCAGCUUUUUAUUUUUUGGGGUCCAACUUCUGGCUGUGCCAACGCUGAGACCUGAUGAGGGGUGGCAUUGCGAUGCUUUCGUUCUGUUGCUCAGAAACCGAACCCACACAGAAACACUUCCAUGUUUUGUCUUUUAUUUCAUUUUUAGUUGCUGACAGUUGGAAGGGUAUUUCUGGCAUCUUAUCAUGGUUGCUUUCUGAAAUCAAGCAAGUCCUAUUAA